GACAGCCCAUUCAAUUGGACCUGCUUCACGGCGCGGAUUUCGAUUGAUCUACUCGCUUAAAAACGUUCAAACACAAGUUAUUUUAGAUUUUUUUUUUAAUUACAUUGAUUGUAAUUGCAAACAAAAAGUAAAUCGAUCGGGAGUCGUGAUUGAAAUUAUAUUUAAAAGUCCAGUACAACCGGCAGUAAUUUUCAGCUGCGCAGUAGGGAAAAGCUAAGGAAAUCUAAUUGUAAGAACAAACAAACACAUCCAAUAUGACAAACAUGCGGCCGCAGAAAUCCAAGUUGCUGAAGGUCGUCAUACUGGGAGAAGGCGGCGUUGGAAAAUCCGCCCUUCUCACCCGCUUCGUUUCGAAUCGGUACGAGGAAAACAAUUUCCACACCAUCGGCGUGGAAUUCAUGAACAAGGAUAUAGUCGUCGACGGCGAGCGCUUCACAUUGCAGAUAUGGGAUACGGCUGGGCAGGAGCGAUUUCGGGCGCUGCGAACACCUUUUUAUAGGGGAUCGGACAUCUGCCUGCUGUGCUACGCCCUCGACGAUCGGGACAGCUUGAGGGGAUUGAGUGUGUGGCGGAAAGAGUUCCUCAACUACGCAGACGUCAACCAGGACAAGUUCCCCUUCAUCGUGGUGGGAACUAAGAACGACCUCCCAGAGCAGAAGCGGCAGGUGAGCUACGAGGCAGUGCAGCAGUGGUGCGCGGAGCAAAAGAUCGCCUGCCACAUCACGACGUCCUCGAAGGCGGCCAACAAUGUGACCGAUGCCUUUGUCCUUGGCCUCCGCCAGUGGCGGCACAUGGAGUGCGUGGCCGAGGCGGAGCUGCGCCAGCAGGGCGACACCAUUGACCUCACCAGUCCCAUUCGCCUGGUGCAGAAACGCAUCUGUUGCACGGGUGGAGGAGGAGGGGGAGGAGGAGGCGAGGGGCAGGAGGAUGAUUCCGCCAUGCAAAGUCCGGGAAAGAAGAUGUUCGGUCAAAAGCGCAGCGCCGCCAAGGCGCCAGCCACCAAUUACAGGCUAUGAGCAGACAGACUGGAGCUGACAGGGAGCUUACGCUUAAUUUAACCACUCACCCCACCGGGUUGACCUUCACUUUCAAUGCAUUCCAAUCCACUCCGCUCCGAGGAAGGGGAAAGUGCCUCAGACCAAAAAGUAAUCAAUCGAUGUCGUUAGCAUUUAAGGCGAUUACCCUGAUAUGAUGAUAUUCUAAAGGAACUUUGCUUUUGAACGGACUACUUAAGAGCAUAUAACACUGUAUAACAGUUAGCAUAUGAUUUAAGGAGAAAUUAGGUUAUAUUAUAUCAGCGAAUACUUUCCUUAAAGAUUACCACUAAAUUAUUAUUUGUUAUGCCAUAAUAUUGGCAAAUUGGAGUCAUUUUUGCAUUUGUUAUAAAACAUUAUAACAGUUGGCACAUGAUUUAAGGCAAAAUUAGGUUAUGUUAUAACAGCGAAUACUUUCCCCAAAGAUGACCACAAAAUUAUUAUUUGAUGCUUUAAUAUUGGCAAAUUGGAGUCAUUUUUGCAUUUGUUAUAAAACAGAACAAUGUAACUGUUAUACAGUAUUAAUAAGUUUACUCAUUUAAAAGUGUUAUACUGUAUAACAGUAAAAACAAAUGCCUUGGAAUAUACAAGCUUAUAGUGUCUUAUAUAGUUUAUAAAACUUUAGCAACUUUUGUAUAUGCCUUAGCUACAAAAAGAAUAUUUACAAGAAAUAUAUAAAUGUUACAAUAUUUUGAAAUGCUUUAAAUUUGUAUAUUUAUACAUUUAGCCAGGGAACAAUAAAAUUUCCUGGAAAAAAGAAUAAAGAAGUCAACCAAGGUCUACAAA